CUCUUCAUUGUUCUUCGGUUUGGUACAAUCGCUUGCAUCACAUCACGAGCGCAUCCUUUUACGGGCAAAACUAAAUCGGCGUUGGUGCGGGGAGUCGCCGUCCAUCUCAAGCGUUUGGAUAACAACAGAGGCAGCCCCGUUGCCACGGAAACCAGCCAGAGGGCAAGCUGAUCUGCACCAUCGGAGCCACAUUAAAAGAAAGUGAACAACAAACGCAGACGAGAAACCAAUUUUGUAGGAAUGUGCUCCCAAGCUGCUUGAUUGCCGCCCACUUUGAAUCCGCGCAAACCAUGUGAAUUGAACCGGGCUGCGGAAGAAGACCGGUGAAAAUGGCGCUAAAACUGCGAAAAGACAUAAAAAAAUCCUCGUAUUAUGUGUGGUUUUUGGGGGCGAAAGAAUCCAAGGGACUCAGGGGGUCCGAGUAUAUUGUGCCAGUCAUUCGGCACUUGGAGGAGCGCGAAAAGGACGUGGAACCUUUCAAAGUCACCUUGCAGGUGUCGCACAAAGGGCUGAAAAUCAUCCAAAACAUCGUGUCGCAAGGGCAGAAGAGCUCGAAGCCGAAGAACGAGACCAUCAAACACUUUAUUCCCCACAACACUAUCACAUACGUCUACCAGCAUGAGGACAUAAUCUCCUGCAUCCUGCUGCUGUUUAACCCUGUUACGAAAUGCCCGCUACACGUGCACGCCUACAGAUGCGACUCCCUGGAGACGGCCUCGCACUUGAAGCAACAGCUGCAGAUCCUCAUCGACAGACCGGAGAACCAGAAGAAAAUGAGCGAGAUUGAGAACCGGCUGAAGCCGGUGGAGAAGAUGAAGAAGCUGGAAAGCAGCAUAGGCAGCGACACGGGGGCUUCCACGCGGGAAUCGGAGAGCAGUGAGGAGCGGUUUGCCAUGGAAAACUCCCGAAUAUCUAGUCUGUACGAUUCAGUGGCUGCGGAGCUGCGGGCGAAGCUCGGCAAGAAAAACUCGCCAAUCCUGCUGCCGCCCCGCGACUACGACACUGUGCACAGACAAAAGGGGAACCUUACAGGCAUCGAGCUGCGUAGGUGCCUCAACGCCAACAUCGUAGGCCAGAGUGUGAAGAACAAGCGGCUGGAGUCGUCCGGCGGCAGUUCAGGGAUCGGCUCCGACCAUCCGCCCAGUCCAGAAAGUCCCGAUACUCAAGAGUCCAGGUUUCACACCCUGGAAACGCACA